CAUUUGCCAUCACAAACGAAACGCCAACUAGCAAAGUGCAUGUCGUGCGUGAAACACAAACUAAACAUCCCAAAAAUCCAAAUAUCUUCUCUCAGAGUCGCUUACCUUCUUCUUUAGCCAAUCCAUUAACACACAAAAGAAAAAAAAGGAGCUUUCCCCACUCCAAUUCUCAGCACCACGUGCACCCUCUCCUCCACCUCUCUCUCUCUCUCCCCCUCUGUGCGACCAGAGACUUAACAGAGACAAAACAAACUAAAGGAGAUUCCCAUGUGAGUUCAGCACCAACAGUAAGAGAAAAUCCUCUAAGAAGAUCUAUUAACCAAUGCACGCGAAGAACCGGCUGCCAAGCAGCGGCCACACCACCCCGUCGCCACCACCCUCGCCGCUCCGUUCCCCUCGCUACCGCCACGGCCGGUCCAAAGGGGGUCGGUUCCCCCCGGUCCAGCCGGGCCGGACCAUUGCCCAUCGUCUUGCUUGGCUGCUCCUCUCUGUGCUCCUUCGUCGUCAGGGUUUCUUUCUCUUCGCUCCCCUAAUCUACAUCUCGGGUAUGCUUCUCUACAUGGGCACUGUGUCUUUUGAUGUGGUUCCCGUUAUCAAGCACCGACCCGCUCCCGGCUCCGUUUACAGGAGUCCCCAGGUGUACGCAAAGCUACGGCCCGAGAUGGAUGCGGAUAAUUCAUCUGAUGCUAUAUCAACUAUAUGGAAACACUCAUAUAAAAGCGGGGAAUGGAAGCCAUGUGUAAACAGGUCUUCUGGAGGCUUACCUGAGUCUAAUGGUUACAUAUAUGUUGAGGCAAAUGGUGGCCUAAAUCAGCAGCGAACAUCGAUAUGCAAUGCUGUUGCUGUGGCUGGCUACCUUAAUGCAACCCUUGUAAUUCCCAACUUUCAUUAUCAUAGCAUAUGGAGAGAUCCUAGCAAAUUCAAGGACAUCUAUGAUGAGGAUUAUUUUGUACAAACCUUGGAGAAUGAUGUACAAGUGGUUGAUAAGAUUCCCGAAUAUUUAAUGGAACGUUUUGACCAUAACAUGAGCAAUGUCUUCAACUUUAAAAUAAAAGCAUGGUCAUCCAUCCUGUACUACAGGGAUUCUGUCCUACCAAAGUUGCUUGAAGAAAAGGUUAUAAGGAUUUCUCCUUUUGCAAAUAGACUAUCAUUUGAUGCUCCUCCACCUGUCCAGAGACUUAGGUGCUUGGCAAACUAUGAAGCUUUACGAUUUUCAAACCCUAUAUUAACGUUAGGAGAAACUUUGGUUUCAAGAAUGAAGGAACGCAGCAUUGAUAAUGGUGGCAAGUACAUUUCUGUGCAUCUUCGUUUUGAGGAGGAUAUGGUUGCUUUCUCAUGUUGUGUGUUUGAUGGUGGGGAACAAGAAAAACGAGACAUGAUUGCCGCAAGAGAAAGAGGUUGGAAAGGGAAAUUUACAAAACCUGGUCGAGUUAUACGACCAGGAGCCAUCAGGCUCAAUGGAAAAUGUCCUUUAACUCCCCUAGAGGUUGGUUUGAUGCUUAGAGGAAUGGGCUUUGAUGAAAGGACAUAUAUCUAUUUGGCAUCUGGAAAGAUAUACAAUGCUGAGAAAACGAUGGCUCCACUUUUAGAAAUGUUCCCUAAUUUGCAGACUAAAGAGACAUUGGCAUCUGAUGAGGAACUUGCUCCAUUUAAGAACUUCUCUUCCAGGAUGGCUGCUAUAGAUUACACUGUAUGUCUCCACAGUGAGGUGUUUGUGACUACUCAAGGGGGGAAUUUCCCUCAUUUUCUUAUGGGCCAUAGGAGAUACUUAUACGGAGGACAUUCGAAGACAAUCAGACCAGACAAGCGGAAGUUAGCGCUACUCUUUGAUAAUCCUAAUGUUGGAUGGAAAAGUUUCAAGCGACAGAUGCUAAAUAUGCGGUCUCAUAGUGAUUCCAAGGGAUUUGAGCUGAAGCGGCCAAGUGAUUCCAUAUACACCUUUCCAUGCCCAGAUUGCAUGUGCCGGGCAAACAAGACAGAAAACUCAAGAUCAUCAUCAGCCACAUGAUGUUUUGGAGAGAGGUUUGGAUGGGUGACUCUUUUUGUGUCAGUAAUUUGUGAGUACAUAUGCUGCUGACCCCCCUUUUUGUGUGUUGUAAUUCUUUCAUUUUUUUUCUCUUUCCGUAAUGGUGAGAGGGCAUACACAUCAAAUUUUGGGAGCUCUCGAGGAUUUUGUUGGUCACAUUUUAUCUAAUCAUUUCCCGGGAUUGAGGGUAAGUUUCAUCUCUGAACAUGAUGCUGGAGAACACAAAAUGAUAAUCCUUGGGUUGCCAGAUUUUCCUGGGCAUGACUGAGGCAUCGUUUGAUGUCUCUGCAGUUGCAGCUGCUGUAUCUAACAAACUGCUAGAUGACAUCAGAUUCUUUGACACCCUGGUUUUAUCAUGUUUGUACAUUACAAUGCAGUUCAGUCUACUCUUGUAAGUCGACCAUUAGAAACGGGAUGCUCUUUUGUACAUUUAUCAUAAACCAGGGUAUUGAUUCUUUUGUGAUAAUUUCGGUUUUCAAUUCCCUUUGUAGUUCUUUUAGUAACUUUUGCUGGACUUAAUUCCACCAUUACUAGCGGACUUAGUAAUUAA